AUUAUAGCACUUUGUAGUUUUGUUUUAUUUUGAAGAAAUUGUACUUUCUUGAUUAUUGUUGUUCUUGGUCUGUACCCUGACGGAAGGCCACGCAGUUGCAUCGACGGACUAGUUUUGGUUUAUACUUCUCUAACGUGCUGCGCGUGUUGCAAUGCAAUUCACCGCCAGAACACUAGGCGGAGUGACGUUUUUUUUCGAGGACAAAACAGACAAGAAGAUACGUCUUCUUCUUCGUCGACUGUUUAUUUACAUCGCAACUCCGGCUCCUCAUAGCCUAUUUCUGGCGGACAAAUCGGCCAGUCAGUGACGGGUUAUACAAGUGGUCAUACUUUCGGAUCUCUUCUGCCAAGUGCUCAUCUAUUUGGUCCAUAUUCGUUCUUCUAAAUCUUCCAUGAUUUCCGCGUAUUGUGGGGCAUGAAACCAGAAACUAGACUCCGGACGGGAUGUAGUAAGCAGACCAAUCACAAGCCUUGAGGGCUGCGUGAGGCUCGCGUCGCUUUGUCGUGUAGUAAGAAAAAUUGGCGGAUGCACGCAAGCCACCAGAGGGCACGAAAGGGGCAUGUUGCGUGCCUUGCGUGCAUGCGUGCUACCCGAUUAUAAUUCGGCCUUUAUCUUCCACUACCUUCUCCGCAACAGUACCUCCUUGACCAAUGGGAUGAGCAUAUUCUGUAUCCUCGUACUUGUGUGUGAAUAUGCUGUCAGCUCAUUGAUCCCAGAGCAGCACAUUGCCUGGGAACAAGUUUACCGUAAAUUUUCAUAUAAAGCGCCCUGUUAUCUAUUUUCCAUUGGCAUUCUACUGACCAUUUUUUAAAUCUCACAGUAAUACGGGACAAAGUGCAUCCCUUUUCAGAUCAAUACGGGACGGGUGCCCUAUGGGGGCGGCUGUUGUUAUACAGAUGUAGUUUGAGGCAGAUUGAACAAUGUACACUGAAGUUACAGCAAUCUCCUGUCACAAGAAGCCAAAAAGUAGUUAUUGAAAGUUUAAAUAACCAUUCUCUGGGGGGCGUGGUUAUGGCAGCAAACUAGGCACACAUGUUUUUUGUGAGCUCCUGGCAAUUUUCGAUUAAACUUCUGGACAUUAUUCUUUAAGAUCACGGACACAACCACCAAUCGUUUGAUACACCUCUCCAGUGUACAUGUUCGCAAAUAUGCCGACGAAAAAAGCAAAGAACGCCUCUAAAGCAAACUUUUUCCCAUCCGAGGAAGACAACGAGGUGGAUGCUAGCAGCCAAGCUGCAACCUAGCUACCAUCCCUGCUGGCUCAACAGGUAACAUCAUAACCCUCCCGUCAGAAGUAGCAGCUGCUGAAACGGUUCAUAACUUUGAUGUCAUUCAAAAGCUUGACUUGAUAAUAAAUGACAUUGCCACUAAAAUUGACGGAAACCCUAAGACAAUUCAAGCAGCCAGGGCCAAGGGCAAGGUUAUUUGUGGAGGACAAGAAGUCAUGUUCUUCCCGGACUUAUCGGCGGAGCUGCACCGGCAGAGGAGGCGCUUCGACGGGGUAAAGCAUCAACUGAGAUCCCUGAACAUUCGCUAUGGAAUAGUUUACCCAGCCAAGCUUCGUCUGAUGUAAAUGGUAAAUGGAUUUGUAUUUAUAUAGCGCUUUUCUAGUCUUGAUGACCACUCAAAGCGCUUUACACUACAGUUUCACAUUCACCCAAUCACACACACAUUCAUACAGUGCAUCUAUCCCAGCACUUUGUUAUUCUAUGGGGGCCAUUCAGGGUUCAGCAUCUUGCCCAAGGACACUUCGGCAUGCAGAUUGUUCAGACUGGGGUUCGAACCGCCGACCUUCAGGUUGGAGGACGACCAGACGACCACUCUACCCCUCAGCCACAGCCGCCCCGACGUCUGGACAAACAUUGGAGGGCAUGAAGGUGGUGGAGAUUGAGAAAUGUCGCAACGACAUAAAGAAACUCCGUGAAGAGAUGGCAUCAAGACACAACAGUGACUUCCUGGAAGACAAUAAGAAGCUGACUCCUCAUAGAGAUGUGCCCUCUUAUCCCAAGUACAUGCUGUCACAACAGACCAUAGACGCCCUCAAAAAACCCUACUUUGACGUCUGGCUGUGGGAGGCCAAUGAGAUGCUGAGCUGUCUGGAACAUAUGUAUCAUGACCUUGGCUUGGUUAAAGACUUCAAUAUUAACCCUGUCACACUCAAGAGAUGGCUGUUAUGCAUUCAUGACAAUUAUAGGAAUAACGCCUUCCACAAUUUCCGCCACUGUUUCUGUGUCACCCAGAUGAUGUACAGCAUGAUCUGCCUCGGCAGCUUACAGGAGAAGUUCACACAGGUGGAUAUUUUGAUUCUUAUGACAGCUGCUGUGUGUCAUGACCUCGAUCACCCCGGAUUCAACAACACGUACCAGGUCAAUGCCAGAACAGAGUUAGCCGUUCGCUACAAUGACAUCUCCCCGCUGGAAAAUCAUCACUGUGCUGUAGCCUUCCAGAUCUUCUCUCAGUCUGAUUGCAACAUCUUUUCCAACUUCGACUCAGAGGCAUUCAAACAGAUACGACAGGGAACCAUCACACUGAUCCUGGCCACAGACAUGGCGCGUCAUGGUGAGAUCCUUGAUUCCUUCAAGCAGAAAGUCAACAACUUUGACUACUCAGAUGAGGAGCACGUCACCUGUCUGAAGAUGGUGCUUAUCAAAUGCUGCGACAUCUCCAAUGAGGUGCGGCCCAUGGAGGUGGCUGAGCCAUGGGUUGACUGCCUGUUGGAGGAGUACUUCAUGCAGAGUGACAAGGAGAAGGCUGAAGGGCUUCCUGUUGCUCCAUUCAUGGACAGAGAAAAGGUCACCAAACCAACAGCUCAGAUUGGAUUCAUCAAGUUUGUCCUCCUCCCCAUGUUUGAGACUGUUAUGAAGCUGUUUCCACAGAUCGAGGAGGCAAUGGUGCAGCCACUCAGAGAGUCGAGGGACCGAUACGAGGAACUCAAACAGAUUGAUGAUGCCAUGAAUGAGGUACAGAAAAAAAAAAGUGAGAACUUGACCAUGGGAGGGAAGAAGAAGUAAACAUUUUUGAAAGGGUAGGAAAGAACUCUUGCCGUACUUCCUCCAUCCAUCUAUCCAUCAAUCGAAAUACGCAUUCAUCUUUCUUGGACCAUAGAUGGAUGCUUAGUUGGAUUCACCUACCCAGCCUACUAUCUCCCUAUAUCCCACCUAUCAAUCAAUCCACUUCACUUCCUCAUGAUGUCACAUAGUUUUGUCAGUGUUGGGAUCAGAGAGGCUAACUUAAAGGAACACGUUAUGGGGAGAUUUCUUGAUGAAUUCACUCUGUGUUUCAGAACCAGUAAGACUAGAGCAAGGGAAUGAAGCAAUGGGAUAUAAAGUGAAGUCAUCAGACGCAUUGGUUCAUUAUGGCCCAUCACUCUGUUGUGUCCUGUCCUCACUUGAGCCAGCUGAAGGGCAGUGGACAACCAGGUCGUAAUCUGGGAUAAUUGGGUAGACCUCAAUGAGUCACAGUAAAACUGAAUUGAGUGGAUCAGUGGGAGCAGCUCUUAGACAGCGUUACAAGCUAGUGAUGAACUUAAGUGCAAGAUGGACAAUCUAAAGCCUUUUUCAGGGGGUCAACAUUUGUACAGCACAGACUACUUAAGUGAAAAAUAUUUAGAUAUUUUAUUAUUUAAAGGACUUGUUUUGUAAAGAUUUUGAAGGUUAUGUGUUCUUUGCUACAAAAAAUAAAGGUGUUACUUUAAUUACAAA